AUGACCAGAGUCCUGCUCACUGGCGGAAGCGGCUUCAUCGCUGCCCAUACUUUGGAUGUGCUUCUAAAGCGAGGACAUUCCGUCGUUACGACGGUGCGCACUCAGGAAAAGGCCGACAAGAUCAAGGCAGACAACAAGAGUGCCGUCGACAGCGGCAAGCUUAGUUUCGCCAUUGUGCCAGAUAUUGCGCAGGAAGGCGCGUUCGACCAGGCCGUGAUAUCAGAGCCUCCGUUCGAGGCCGACCUUAUUGACCCUGCAGUCAUCGGUACCACAGGUAUAUUGAAGUCGAUCAAGAAGUCGGCACCUUCGGUGAAGCGCGUUGUAAUAACCUCAUCUUUCGCGGCAAUCGUCAAUCCCAGCAAGGGCAAUUGGCCAGGCCAUGUCUAUUCCGAGGAAGACUGGAAUCCUAUCACCCAAGAUGAGGCGCAAGAGAGUCCACAGGCAGGAUACCGAGCUUCAAAGACCUUCGCUGAGAAGGCGGCAUGGGAGUUCCUUGAGAAGGAAAAGCCCAACUUCACAAUCGCUACAAUCAACCCGCCAUUAGUCUUUGGCCCAAUUAUUCACGCUCUCGACAGCUUGGACAACCUCAACACGUCGAACCAGCGUAUCUUGGCAGCCGCACAAGGCAAGUGGAAAGACGAGAUUGCAGCUACCGGCGUGCAUAUGUGGGUUGACGUGCGAGACGUCGCUGAAGCCCACGUCGCUGCCGCGGAGAAGGAUGAUGCAGCCAACAAGCGUUUCUUCACAUUAGCCGGUCACUUCUCGAACAAGGAGAUCGCACAGAUUGUCAAGAAGCACUUCCCGCAGUUCAAGGACCUGCCUAGCGACUCUACGCCGGGAGGAGAUUAUCCGGAGGGUGGAUUGAAGAAUUACUUCGGUUUUGACAACAAGCGCAGUAUCCAAGUAUUGGGACUGAAGUAUAAGACGUUCGAAGAAAGUAUCGUUGAUACGGUCAAGUCAUUCCAGGCGAAGGGACUAUGA